AAAUAUAAUCCUCCGGUGCGUUUCUGCACGGUGGAAUAUUUAUGCAGCACCCGUCAGUUUGGGUUACACGUGUAUAGCAAUUGUUUUAUGUUCAUUGUGGAGGUAUUGCGAUAGUUAACCGCUGUCUCUGGGGCUUUUGUGACAGGCGGAAUUAUGGAGGUUCUUGGCGAGGAGUUUGGUGCUAUGACGCCGCAGCAGCUCGCCGCUCCGGUUAAUACGGUGGAGGAAAAGUGGAAACUUUUGCCAGCCUUCUUGAAGGUGAAAGGGUUGGUGAAACAACACAUUGACUCUUUUAACUACUUCAUUAAUGUAGAGAUAAAGAAGAUCAUGAAAGCCAAUGAAAAGAUAACCAGUGACGCUGAUCCCAUGUGGUAUUUAAAGUACCUGAACAUCUACGUGGGGAUGCCUGAUGUGGAGGAGAGCUUCAACGUCACCAGACCGGUGUGUCCACAUGAGUGCCGUCUGCGGGACAUGACCUACUCUGCCCCCAUCACGGUGGACAUAGAGUAUACACGAGGGACCCAGCGCAUCAUCCGCAACGCACUGCCAAUUGGAAGAAUGCCUAUCAUGUUGCGUAGCUCCAACUGUGUCUUGACGGGGAAGACGCCUGUCGAGUUCUCCAAGCUGAACGAAUGCCCUCUGGAUCCAGGAGGUUACUUCAUUGUUAAGGGCCAGGAGAAGGUCAUUCUCAUCCAGGAGCAGCUUUCUAAGAACAGGAUCAUUGUGGAGCAGGACCGGAAGGGGGCCGUUGGGGCCUCUGUGACCAGCUCCACCCACGAGAAGAAGAGCAGAACCAACAUGAUCGUCAAGCAGGGUCGGUUUUACCUGAGGCACAACACACUCUCUGAGGAUGCCCCAAUUGCCAUCAUUUUUAAGGCCAUGGGUGUGGAGAGUGACCAGGAGAUCGUGCAGAUGAUUGGCACUGAGGAGCAUGUGAUGGCUGCCUUUGCUCCAAGUCUGGAGGAAUGCCAGAAGGCCCAGAUCUUCACACAGACUCAGGCCCUGAGAUACAUUGGAAACAAAGUGCGCCGUCAGCGAAUGUGGGGGGGUCCAAAGAAGACCAAGAUGGAGGAAGCCAGGGAGUUGUUGGCAUCCACCAUUUUGACACACGUACCUGUAAAGGAAUUCAACUUCAGAGCGAAGUGUAUUUAUCUGGCGGUGAUGGUCCGGAGGGUGAUUUUGGCUCAAGGGGACAAUAAGGUGGAUGACCGAGAUUACUAUGGAAACAAACGUCUUGAGCUGGCCGGACAGCUGCUCUCACUACUCUUUGAAGACCUGUUCAAGAAAUUCAACUCGGAACUAAAGAAGAUCUCUGAUCAGAUCAUCCCCAAGCAGCGAGCUGCCCAGUUCGAUGUGGUUAAGCACAUGCGGCAGGACCAGAUCACCAACGGCAUGGUUAACGCUAUCUCGACUGGAAACUGGUCACUGAAGAGAUUCAAGAUGGACCGACAGGGAGUGACCCAGGUUUUAUCCCGUCUGUCCUUCAUCUCAGCUCUUGGCAUGAUGACUCGGAUCUCCUCACAGUUUGAGAAGACCAGGAAGGUCAGCGGGCCGCGCUCGCUGCAGCCCUCCCAAUGGGGCAUGUUGUGUCCCUCCGACACACCUGAAGGAGAGGCCUGUGGGCUGGUGAAAAACUUGGCCUUGAUGACUCACAUCACUACUGACAUGGAAGAUACACCCAUCAUCAAGCUGGCCUUCAACCUGGGCGUUGAGGACGUUAACCUGCUGUGUGGAGAGGAGCUGUCCUACCCCAGUGUCUUUCUCGUUUUCCUCAACGGUAACAUCCUGGGCGUGAUCCGAGAUCACCAGAAGCUGGUGAACACUUUUCGACUGAUGAGGAGGGCCGGGUUCAUUAACGAGUUCGUCUCCAUCUCCACCAACCUGACCGACCGCUGCGUGUACAUCUCAUCUGAUGGGGGGCGGCUAUGCAGGCCGUAUAUUAUUGUGAAAAAGGCCCAGCCAGCUGUGACCAACAAGCACAUCGAGGAACUUUCCCAAGGAUACAGGAAUUUUGAGGACUUCCUCCAUGAAAGCUUGGUGGAAUAUCUCGACGUGAACGAGGAAAAUGACUGCAGUAUAGCCCUUUACGAAUACAUGAUUACAAAGGACACCACGCAUCUAGAAAUUGAACCAUUUACUCUGCUGGGAGUGUGUGCUGGUCUGAUUCCCUACCCUCACCACAACCAGUCCCCCAGAAACACCUACCAGUGUGCUAUGGGCAAGCAAGCAAUGGGGACAAUUGGGUACAAUCAGCGGAACCGCAUUGACACGCUGAUGUACCUGCUGGCCUACCCUCAGAGGCCAAUGGUCAAGACCAAGACCAUCGAGCUGAUCGACUUUGAGAAGUUGCCCGCUGGCCAGAACGCUACUGUGGCGGUGAUGAGCUACAGCGGCUACGACAUUGAGGAUGCGCUGGUGCUGAACAAGGCCUCGCUGGACAGAGGGUUCGGCAGAUGCCUGGUCUACAAGAAUGCCAAGUGCACUCUGAAACGCUACACCAACCAGACUUUCGACAAGGUGAUGGGGCCCAUGCUGGAUGCUGCCACCCGCAAGCCCAUCUGGCGACACAGCAUCCUGGACGCCGACGGCAUCUGCUCCCCUGGUGAGAAGGUGGAGAACAAGCAGGUUCUGGUGAAUAAGUCCAUGCCCACUGUCACACAGACGCCCCUAGAGGGCGGUACCCAGCCGGGACAGCCGCAGUACAGGGAGGUCCCCGUCACGUACAAAGGCUCGACGGACUCCUACAUCGAGAAGGUGAUGAUCUCCUCCAACGCAGAAGACGCGUUCCUCAUUAAGAUCUUGCUGAGACAGACCAGGCGUCCGGAAAUCGGCGACAAGUUCAGCAGCAGACAUGGGCAGAAAGGUGUUUGUGGGUUAAUUGUCCCACAAGAGGACAUGCCCUUCUGUGACUCUGGAAUCUGCCCAGAUAUCAUCAUGAACCCCCAUGGCUAUCCCUCCCGUAUGACGGUGGGGAAACUGAUCGAGCUGCUCGCCGGCAAGGCGGGGGUCCUGGAUGGCCGGUUCCACUACGGUACGGCCUUUGGCGGCAGCAAGGUGAAGGACGUCUGCGAGGACCUCAUCCGUUACGGCUAUAACUACCAGGGGAAGGACUAUGUCACGUCGGGCAUCACCGGGGAGCCACUGGAGGCCUACAUCUACUUCGGCCCAGUUUAUUACCAGAAGCUUAAGCACAUGGUUCUGGACAAAAUGCACGCGAGGGCCCGUGGACCCAGGGCUGUUCUCACCAGGCAGCCCACUGAGGGGCGCUCUAGGGAUGGCGGCCUCCGUCUGGGGGAGAUGGAGAGGGACUGUCUGAUUGGUUAUGGGGCCAGCAUGUUGUUGCUGGAGCGGCUCAUGAUUUCCAGCGACGCAUUCGAGGUAGACGUCUGUGGACAGUGCGGCCUGCUGGGAUAUUCCGGCUGGUGUCACUACUGCCGCUCCUCGUGCCACGUGUCCUCGCUGCACAUCCCAUACGCCUGCAAGCUGCUCUUCCAGGAGCUGCAGUCCAUGAACAUCGUGCCACGUCUCAAGCUGUCCCGCUACAAUGAGUGAGGGGAGGGG